CUUUUCCUGCAAGCUAAAGCUAGUAUUCAAGUCUCUGCUGAAAGACUGGUUGUUAUAGAGAGAGAAACAGACGGUUUAUUUCUUAUUCUCCGGCGCAAUCGCGAUCCGCCGACGACGACCGACGAGCCACCACUUGACAUAGUAUCCGUCUUCUUCAUUCGUUCUCGCAUCGCCUCUUCGUAAACAUCACACCGGCGAAAGGAUUAUGGAUGAGUUGGUAGACUCGGUUAGGUUGAUGGCGAAAAACAACGCAAAAGAAGCAUCAUCGGCUAAUUCAAUAGUAGCGAACUAUCCUCUCAUAUCUGCUCUCGUUGCCUUUUGUAUUGCUCAGUUUAUCAAGCUCUUCGUAUCCAGAUACAGAGAGAAGCGUUGGGAUUUAAAACAACUUAUUGGAUCUGGAGGAAUGCCUUCUUCGCAUUCUUCAACUGUCUCUGCACUAGCUUUGGCUGUUGGUUUUCAAGAUGGCUUUCGAGGAUCAUUAUUUGCAACUGCAUCAGUCUUCGCAUGUGUCGUCAUGCAUGAUGCUUUUGGUGUAAGAUUACAUGCUGGACGUCAAGCUGAGGUUCUGAACCAAAUUGUGUAUGAACUCCCACCCGAACAUCCUCUGGCCGAGAGUAUACCAUUACGCGAGCUUCUAGGCCACACACCAUCUCAGGUUAUUGUUGGUUCAUUACUGGGAAUAUUGACUGCUACAAUUGGGCAUCUGAUUGUUGGAUCUAAUACUGAAGCUUGACACUUUGGUAAAUUCCUUUUGAAUAUCUUGCUACUACUAAAAGCUUCAAUUUUACUAUUAUUGUUGUUGUUGUUAUAUAGAAUAUAUAUUAAGAAAAUUUGUUUCUAUUAAAAAAAAAUAUUUUUUUUUAAAUGAACUAAAAUAAUUUAAAAUUUUCAGGGUUUCUACUUUUAGGCAGAACAAACAAUUAUUUUGAAAGCUUUCUAUUAUAUAGUUCAAAAUUGUAUUAAAUUUUGGAUAAUGACUUUUGUUCUACACAAGUAAACCAACUUUUGGA